AUGGUAGACCUCGGGAAUUUACUCUCAUGGUUUCCAUACAUCUUCCUCAUUUUCUUCACCUUCCUCUGCUUCUUCUAUAACACUAAGUCUUCAUCAUCUUUAACUUCUAUAUUGCCAAAAUCAUACCCGUUGAUCGGUUCUUCUUUCGCUCUUGUUGCAAAUAGAGACCGUCAUAAUCAAUGGGCAACAGAGAUUCUUACUGUGUGCCCAACAAACACUUACGUGCUUCGAUAUCUCGGUGGUUGUAUGGUUUUCACUUCUUAUCCUCCGAAUGUUAAAUACAUUGCCAACUCUCACUUUUCCAACUACCCAAAAGGUAAAAUGCUCAAAAACAUCUUCAAUGAUUUCUUUGGAAAUGGGAUAAUCAAUACAGAUGAUACCUGGAAGUUCCAGAGACAAAUGUUAAGUCAUGAAUUCAACUCCACAUCUCUACGUAAGUUCGUCGAAGAAGUUAUUAAAAUCGAGAUAUUCCAUCGAUUGAUUCCUGUUCUCUCAAUGACAGCUGAAAAUAAUUCUGAGCUUGAUCUUCAAGAUAUCUUCCAAAGGUUUAGUUUCGAUACGAUUUGCAAGCUUUCGUUUGGGUAUGAUCCAAGCUACCUUUCCCCAUCACUGAAAAAAACAGAAUUUGCAGUUGCAUUCGAGGACGCCACCAGAAUAACGGGUGAACGUAUUGCUCAAGUUAUCCCUUUAGUUUGGAAACUUAAGCGCUUUCUCAACAUAGGAUCAGAAAAGAUACUUAAACAAGCAACCGCAACAAUCCAGGAAUCUGCAAGAAAAAUUAUAAGGCAAAAGAAACAGGAACUGAAGGAGAAUUUUUCUCUAGAGACGUUUACUGAUGAUCUCCUUUCAAGGAUGGUUAAAGACGAAAAUUUAGAUGAAGAUUUCAUGAUUGAUGUUGCCAUAGCUUUCAUUUUAGCAGGUCAAGAUACCACUUCAGCGGCCUUGACAUGGUUUUUCUGGUUGGUUUCUUCCAAUCCCGAAGUAGAGAAAGAGAUACUGAAGGAGAUAAGCCAAAUAGGUAACGAACCAGGUUAUGAUGAUGUCAAGGACAUGGUUUAUAUUCAUGCAGCACUUUGUGAGAGCAUGAGGUUGUACCCACCAGUACCUGUCGAGAGUAAAGAAGCAGAAAAUGAUGACAUUUUACCUGACGGAACGAUUAUAAAGAAGGGGAUGAUAGUCCUAUAUUCUUCUUAUGCGAUGGGUAGGAUGGAAAAUUUGUGGGGUUCAGAUUGGAACGAAUUUAAGCCAGACAGAUGGUUACAGAGAGAAAAUGUUACGGGAAAAUUAAGCUUCGUGGGCAAGGAUUCUUAUACGUAUCCGGUAUUUAACGCAGGUCCAAGGGUUUGCCUGGGUAAAGAGAUGGCAUUCUUGCAAAUGAAGAUGAUAGUCGUAGAAUUUUUACGCCGAUUUCAUGUGGUUCCAACUGCAAACGGGAACGAUAUUGCACCGGUGUUUGUUUCGUAUGUGACUGCGAAAAUGAAAGGUGGCUUCCCAGUUAAGGUCGAAAAGAGGAACAAAUAAUUCUCUUUGUAGUGUGUGAUUAUGAGAGUCAAUAACAAAGGGGAA